UCUCUCUCUCUCUCUCUCUCUCUCGUUCUUCGUCGGGACUCUCUCGCGAUCGAUCUCCUCGUUUCUCCGAAUAAGAACUUCUACCGACUCAAAACUCGAAUUAGGAAUUAGGAUUAUAUUUCUGAAUUUCUCCUGAAAUUUUCGAUCCGUUUAUCGGAAGGGGACAACCCGUUUUGGUUGUUUGGUUUGAAAUUGUUUCGCCAGGUAGUUUGUUUUUGUAUGUGCAGGUUUCUUGUAAUUUUUAACCUGAAAAAUGUCUGAGUUCCAAGCGGAGGACAAUGAGUACAUGGAAGAUGUAGAUGAUGAUAUGGAAGAUAUAGACGAUGAUAUGGAUGAGGAGUUCCGUGGUGAUGAUAUGGGUUCAGACUCUGACGUUGACGAAUAUGACUUCUCAAACAAUAAAAUAGCAGAUACAACUGCAGAGCAAGCUCGAAAAGGAAAAGAUAUUCAAGGAAUUCCUUGGGAGAGCCUUAGUAUUACUAGGGAAAAGUACAGGCAAACUAGACUAGAACAGUACAAGAAUUAUGAAAAUGUCCCCGAAUCAGCGGAAUCCUCGGGAAAAGAUUGUAAGGUCACUCAAAAAGGGGGCUUUUUCUAUGAGUUCUGGCGGAAUUCAAGAUCUAUUAAAUCAACUAUUCUUCAUUUCCAGUUGAGGAAUUUGGUUUGGGCGACUUCAAAGCACGAUGUCUACCUUAUGUCACAUUUUCAGGUCAUGCAUUAUAAUUCUAUAACAUGUGCAAAGGCUGAAGUUCUCAAUGUCUCAGGUCACGUUGCACCGUCUGAGAAACAUCCAGGAAGUUUGCUGGAAGGAUUUACACAGACUCAAGUUAGUACACUUGCAGUGAAAGAUAGAUUUCUAGUUGCUGGUGGAUUUCAAGGAGAACUUAUUUGCAAGCAUCUCGAUAGACCCGGUGUCAGCUUUUGCUCACGUACAACUUAUGAUGAUAAUGCUAUCACCAAUGCCGUUGAGAUAUAUUUCAAACCGAGUGGUGCACUUCAUUUCACUGCCUCAAAUAAUGACUCUGGAGUGAGAGACUUUGAUAUGGAGAAGUACCAGCUUGUUAAUCAUUUUCGUUUCCCUUGGCCAGUGAAUCAUACGUCUUUGAGUCCUGACGGUAAACUACUGACUAUCGUGGGAGACAACCCGGAGGGCCUUUUGGUGGACUCCAACACAGGAAAGACUGUAGCAAUGUUAAAAGGGCACUUGGACUAUUCGUUUGCAUCGGCGUGGAAUCCAGACGGUCUCACCUUCUCGACAGGAAACCAGGACAAGACCUGCAGGGUAUGGGACAUCCGUAAGCUGUCUGAAUCCGUCGCUGUCCUGAGGGGAAACCUAGGAGCGAUCCGGUCCAUCCGCUACACGUCAGAUGGAAAAUACAUGGCGAUGGCCGAGCCGGCAGACUUUGUGCACGUGUACGAUGUGAGAAACGGGUACGAGACAGAGCAGGAGAUAGACUUCUUCGGGGAGAUAUCGGGGAUAUCGUUCAGUCCGGACACAGAGAAGCUCUUUGUCGGGGUAUGGGACCGUACGUACGGAAGCCUAAUGGAGUACAGCCGGGUACGGAACUACUCGUACCUUGAUUCAUUUCUUUGAGGACAGAGAGAAGUCGAAAAUAAAACAAGACUUUACAUAGAGAGACCGUUCUUGGCACCGUUUUCACUAACACAAGCGAAGAAGAAGAAGAAGAAGAAGAAGAAGCUUUAGUAUUAUAAUGGAUGUCUUCUUCUUAGGUGUAAAUGUGGGUGGUGGUGUGCAAAAUGUUUGGAUGUUGUCACAGUGUCGCUUAGUUAUAUUGUUCAUCUUUCGUCUUUUUAAUUUUUUUUAAUCGAUGUAUAGAAGGGCGGGUGGCUCAUUUGUUGUCUGUGUUAUUGUGGGGAGUGGGACUUCUUGUGUCUUUUGCUUGAAUUUAGGGUUUUGGGUUUUUGUGGGUUGUCUGUCGGUGUUUUCGAUUGCAGAAUUUGGGUUUUCCAUUAUCCAAUAAAUUCAUCUUCGAUGA